AAGCGUGGGAGCCACAGUCCCGCGCGGCUCCCUCCCGCCUCCCUUCGCCCUCCUUCCUUCCUCCCCCGGACGGACGCACUUCCGGCGGAUGUGGAGGGCGGCCCCCGGAAACGGAAGUAAGUGGCGGGGUCGGCUGACGGUAACGGGGCUGAGAGGCUCUCCGCAGAGCGGCUGAAGAUGAAUGCCAGAGGACUUGGAUCUCAGCUAAAGGACAGUAUUCCAGUUACUGAACUUUCAGCAAGUGGACCUUUUGAAAGUCAUGAUCUUCUUCGGAAAGGUUUUUCCUGUGUGAAAAAUGAACUUUUGCCUAGUCAUCCUCUUGAAUUAUCAGAAAAAAAUUUCCAGCUCAACCAAGAUAAAAUGAAUUUUUCCACGCUGAGAAACAUCCAGGGUCUGUUUGCUCCACUAAAAUUACAGAUGGAAUUCAAGGCAGUGCAGCAGGUUCAGCGUCUUCCAUUUCUUCCAAGCUCAAAUUUUUCACUGGAUAUUUUGAGGGGUAACGAUGAGACUAUUGGAUUUGAAGAUAUUCUUAACGAUCCAUCACAAAGUGAAGUAAUGGGAGAACCACACUUGAUGGUGGAAUAUAAACUUGGUUUACUGUAAUACACUGUGCUGUUUGUGAAAAUAGAGGGGCUGCAUCUUGUUUAUAGUUGUCUUUUUACUGUUAUUUGAUGUAUACAACAUUAAAAGUACUGACAUGAGAA